ACUCGUCUCGCGUCAAUCACAGUUCAGUUUUAGCCCGCGUAGCGUCAGGUCCUUUUGAGCAAUGUCCUCCUCCAAUGCCACGUUGUAUUACACAGCCAUCGACGAUAUGUUCAAGGAGCUGUUGCUGGACACAAGCGCCGAGGAGCAGCUGGACCAUGCUGAGAUUGAGGAGCCAUUGAUGGCCACGCCCAAGCGUCUGGUUCGCAUACGCAAGCAGAAUUUGUUCGCCAAGGAGCAGAAAGAGUUCGUCAUCUGCCGCCGCCUGCCGUUGCCCGCAACCAAGUCAGAUUUAUCCCCGAGCAGUCAGGAGCUGCGCAAGGAGCGACAGGCGGAUGAGCUGCUGCGUCUGCGCCGUCAGCGCUGCGAGGUCGAGCAGAGGAAACCGAUGCGACGCCUCACAAUGAGAAUUUAAACGAUCCUGCGAUCGAUAACAAUCGAUCGAUUUUGCAAUCGAAUGCAGUGCUUCCGUGCCUUAUGCUUUAAUUUUAAGCCUCUUCUUAUAAGUUGUUCUAAGUAUGCAAUGGUGAUUCAAUUAGUUAAUACAAAAACCUUUAAAACAACAA